ACUCAAUUUCACAACCAAAUUGGUUUCCUCGCCCCCCCAGUGUGGAAAAUACUCUUAAGCUACCUCAGAACACUGAUCGUCUGUGAACAACUUUCAGGCGUGUCAAAUUAUUAGAUUAGCAGCUUUACAAUAAAUGCAAUGUUACGAUAAUAGAAAUGUGAAAUACAGAUUUCAUCGCGUAAAAUUAAAUUACUGCAUUUUUGGCUCUAUGUUUCUCCAUUUGGUACACAUAUGUGAAUAUACACACAUACAUAUAUAGGUAAUAAAGGAAAAAUGUUUUAGGCUGUUCUGCAAAACUGUUAGUCUCUACCAUUAAAAGAAAACAUUGCUGCUCUAAAAGUUUGCGCUUCAUUCCAAAAGAACUCCAUUAAGAACGUAUUCGGCUUGGUGCCGGUAGGUUUUGGUAGGUCUUUGAGGCCAAAAUAAUCUUUAUGUCUCUUUCCAAACACAGGAGGAAGAACUGAAGUCGGGAAAUCGUAUACUUUAAUACAAAGCCAUUGUGCUGCUUUGGAAGCCUGCAACCACGCAAUAACGAAAGCCCGAACAGGGCGUCAGCCUUCCCCAUUUCAUCCCUUCUCAACGAAUUGGAGCUGCAGCAGAAGACCAAGCCGCGCGGGGUCCCGGCCGAAAUCCACGCGAAACUCUCGCGAGAGCCUCCCGACAGCCGCGAGCCUUCGUGGGAGUCAGUUCCCGUCUCCUUUCUCAGGGCUCCCAAGGGCUGUCUGCUCCCCGCCGGCUUCCUCCGCUACCGCGGGGCGGGCCGGAACUUUUAUGCAUGGGAACUGAUUUACACAGUAGAGUGUUGCCGGCCGGCGUCAAGGAGAAUAGGGUGCCCUCCUCUUCCUCUCACCGUCGCCGCCGCGGAGCGGAGCCGUGCAGAUCAGAUCGAGGAGCGCGGUUACCGGGAGGGCUGGGUCUAUGGUCGCUCCGCGGGCCGCUCCGCCGGCUGGUGCUUUUUUAUCAGGGCAAGCUGUGUUCCAUGGCAGGGAACUUUUGGCAGAGCUCCCACUAUUUGCAGUGGAUUUUGGAUAAACAAGAUCUGUUGAAGGAACGCCAGAAGGACUUAAAGUUUCUGUCAGAAGAAGAGUAUUGGAAAUUACAGAUAUUUUUUACAAAUGUUAUCCAAGCAUUAGGUGAACAUCUUAAAUUAAGACAACAAGUUAUUGCCACUGCUACGGUCUAUUUCAAGAGAUUCUAUGCCAGGUAUUCUCUGAAGAGUAUAGAUCCUGUAUUAAUGGCUCCUACAUGUGUGUUUUUGGCAUCCAAAGUAGAGGAAUUUGGAGUAGUCUCAAAUACAAGAUUGAUUUCUGCUGCUACUUCUGUAUGUAAGUGCAAAAAAUAUAUCCUGCUUUAAGAUUGUAAUUCUAAAGAA